CCGCAGCGGCUGCAGCUCGAGUUUGCGGUUUGAAUGGUGGCAGACGGAGGGCCGCGUCGAGCUGCUGUUAAUUUGAUCCUCCAAAACAACACACACAGCACGAUGAAACUGGGCGAGCGUUUUCGGAGGACAGCUAUCGUCCAAACACAACCCUGCUGCGGUCAGGAUUAGAAGAAGACGCUCUCCGGUGUUUACUCGAGCGGACAUUGCGUGUGAAUGCGGUGACAGCGUCCUCCCUCCCUGCGUUUAUAUAAUGGAAGAUCGCAUACAGGGGGAAAAUGAUGUGUGCUAAUGCAUAUGCGGUAGCACAGUGAGCUGGAAACGCAUCUCUUCCGGAGAGUUCGUGACUCUUGUUAUUUCUCGCCUGUGUUACUGUGAAACUGAAGCAAUGGCGAGGCACACGGCACUCGGGGCUAACGUUAGAGCCGUUUGCCCUGCUUUUAACAGCUAGCCUUCCGUGUUCGGGCAACUAACCAGCUGUGGUGGGACUAGCUGCGGCAAGGCGAGCUCCGCGCAGGUGCUGUGCUGUCGGCUACACGGUGAAGCUGGCGGCGCUCCGGUUAGAGUCGGAGGAGAAGGAUCUGGGCGCCAUGGCGUGGGUGCUGAAGAUGGACGAUGCUACCAUCGAGUCUGGGCUCGUUCACGACUUCGAUGCCAGUUUGUCGGGCAUCGGGCAGGAGCUCGGGGCGGGCGCGUACAGCAUGAGUGAUGUGUUGGCUCUGCCCAUCUUUAAGCAGGAAGAUGUGAGCGUUCCUGUGGAGUCCGACACCAAGAAUCCUCCAUUUCAGUACGUGAUGUGCGCUGCCACUUCACCUGCUGUUAAACUGCACGAGGAGACGCUCACCUACCUGAACCAAGGCCAGUCUUAUGAAAUCCGAAUGCUUGACAACAGGAAAAAAGGGGAGAUGCCUGAACUCAACAAGACUGUGAAGAGUAUAGUUAGGGUGGUUUUCCACGAUCGAAGGCUUCAGUACAUGGAGCACCAGCAGCUGGAGGGCUGGAAGUGGAAUCGGCCUGGCGAUCGUCUCCUUGAUAUCGAUAUCCCCAUGUCGGUGGGCAUAACUGAUCCUCAAGCUCAUCCUUCACAGCUCAACGCUGCAGAGUUCCUGUGGGAUCUCUCCAAACGGGCCUCUGUGUUUGUGCAGGUUCACUGCAUCAGUACAGAGUUCACUCCGCGGAAACACGGCGGAGAGAAAGGAGUUCCGUUCCGGAUCCAGAUCGACACCUUCAAACAGGAUGAAAGCGGAGAGUACAUUGAACACCUGCACUCCGCCAGCUGCCAGAUCAAAGUCUUUAAGCCAAAGGGAGCAGACAGAAAACAAAAAACAGACCGGGAGAAGAUGGAGAAAAGGACUCCGCAGGAGAAAGAGAAAUAUCAGCCCUCUUAUGAUACCACUAUAUUGUCAGAGACUCGAUUGGAGCCUGUGAUGGAGGAGGUAGUGGAACACGAGCUGAAGAAGUCCAGCAAGCGGACACUUCCUGCAGACUGUGGAGAUUCCAUCGCCAAGAGCAAGAGAGGAAGUUGCUCUCCAUGGCCAGAUAAUACAUAUGCCAACCCCAUUACAGUAGCCACACCGACCUUCACCUCCACCACACACACCUACAGCUCCAGCAGCACAGUACCAGACAGUGAGUCGUCUUCACCAAACCACCAAGGAGAUCUUGGUAACCUCACGGUUGUGGAGUCUCUCAGUCCCACGGCCUCCAUACAGGACACACAGAAGUGGCUCCUUAAGAACAGAUUCAACUCGUACAGUCGUGUUUUCGCCCAUUUCUCAGGUUCUGAUCUACUGAAAUUAACUCGUGAAGACUUAGUCCAAAUUUGUGGUGCAGCCGAUGGAAUUAGACUCUACAAUGCACUUAAGUCCAGAGCAGUGCGGCCCAGACUCACGCUUUAUGUGUCUCUGGAAGCGUCUCAGAGCGAGAGCCCUCUGCUGGAGAAACGAGGACACAGCAAGAACGGGGAACACAGCAGCCGAGCAGCCAUACCUGUUUACCACGCUCUUUACCUUGAAGAGAUGACUGCUUGUGAGCUCACCAGGAAGAUCUCCAGUGUUCUAGCGCUGCCGCUUACCCACAUCAAUCAAGUGUACAAACAGGGGCCUACAGGGAUACACAUACUGCUCAGUGACCAGAUGGUUUAUAACUUCCUUGAUGAGAGCAGUUUCAUCAUUAGCAUAAUACAAGACGACAGCAGUGAUGGAUUUCACCUGGUCCUGAAGUAGACGAGCAGAGAUUGUGACGCCAUCACUGCCGCACCAAACGUGUUCCCUCCAUCCUCCUCUCUCGUCCUCUCCCCAAUCUCUCCCUCGUUCUUCACGUCUCGGCGUGAGAUGGAGAAAAAUGGCCGGGGUCGAGCAGGGCCUCCUAACUGUUAGAAUCUGACUUCAGUGCGUAAAAUUGUUUCAUAUUGAAAACACUUAAACUGAUGCCAGUGUGUGUGAGCGAGCGGUGGGCUUUUAAUUAAGUGCGUUAUUAAAGGAGGGAUGGAGGCGAGCGGGAGUCCGCAAGAACAUGGAGAACUGUGACCACUUUUAAUUCAGCAUGGUGAAGAAUUGAUCGUCUUUGCGACUCUGAGCGUACAGUACUUGAGUUUGUUCGUCUGUGAGUUGUCAACCAUUUCUGGCCUACAGACGCCAUCAAAAAUAAAAAAAACCCAAGGUAGAUAGUAAUGACCUCUCGUGCACAAUGUGGGGAAAUGCGUCCUGACUAAAGGCAUGCGCAGGACGUCUUCAUGUCUGUCUGGAUGAAAUAAUUCCUGGGGUUUUGAGUAUGGUGACCUGCAGCUAACGCCAGGUUCAGUUUUGCUCUCAGUGCUGAUAUUGUUUGGGGUUUUUUUGGGGUGGGGGGGUCACACUUUACAAUAAGGUUCUAUUAGUUAAUGAAUUUAUUAACAUGAACAAACAAUGAGCUAUACUGUUAUUACAAUAUAAGUUCAUUGUUAACGUUGGUUAUUGAAAACACAGUCAUUCAUUGUUAGUUCUUGUUAGCACACAGUGCAUUAUGGAUUUCAAUAAUGCAUUAGUAAGUGUAAAAUAAACCCCAAAAUUAAUAUUCUGUGAUUAAUUAAUAAUUAUUAAACCCCUGAGACCUUUGCUCAUCUUCAAACACAAAUAAAGAUAUUUUAGAUGAAACCUGGGAGCUCUCUGACCUUCCAUACAUAGUAAGGGUCAUGAUGUUUAAAAUUCAGAAUUGGCCCAAAAACAUCCUCAAAACAGGAUCAUGUGUCUUUAGUGGUUCAAUCGUAAUGCUAUGAAGCUAUGAUAAUACUUUUUUGCAUUCUACAGUCCAUAAAGGAAGCAAAAACAUCCUCAAAACAGGAUCAUGUGACUUUAGUGGUUCAAUUGUAAUGCUAUGAAGCUGUGAGAAUACUUUUGUGCGCACACGAACACACAAAAAACAAAAAUACAGAGUUUAUUAUUUAACAAUUUCUUCUCUUCAGGGUAGAGUUGUCCAAAGUAUCAACUUUGCAACAAUCAAUAUUGAAAGUGAAACUAAAACAUCAAUUUCACGCUAACGUUUGGGCACUGUUGUGCUUAAACACUGCUGAUUGGCCAUUGUGUUCAUAUGAUCAACAGAUAUGGCUGUGAUUAGCUCUCAGGGUCAUCACUUCACCACUUUUCACCAAGCGCAAACAUGGAUACACAGACUGAACACUUU